AGGGAGAAGACUGACUAGAGAGAAGGUGACCAGCUGACUACAGGCAUGCACACUCUGUACCCGCACAUGAGAACAGUUGAGGUGGCACCAUGUAGCAAUCCCUGGCGCAUGGCCUGUCUACUGGGCAUUUUCAACUUCCUGGGGUCGGUCACACCCCUCCAUGUGGCUCCCGUGAUGACUGGCCUCCGCUCCGCCUUUUCAGCCACGCGGACCAAUAGCAUCCUGGGAGGCACUCAGAACGCUGUGACCUUCAACAAGCUCCUAGUCAACACAGGGAGUGAUUUCAACCCAGACACGGGCCACUUCCGCUGCAGAAUCCCUGGAGCCUAUUACUUGUCCUUCACGUUGGGGAAAUAUCCCAAGAAGAUGUUGUCUGUCAUACUGGUGAAGAAUGGGCAGGAGGUGCAGGCUAUAGCCUAUGACGAUUACAAAAAGAAAGGGAGGAAGGUCCAGAGUCAAAGUGUCAUGAUCAGCCUGAGGGCCAUGGACACAGUGUGGCUGAUGCUGCAGGACAGUCCUCAGUAUGCUCUAUACAGCAACGCUGGACCUUACAUCACUUUCACCGGUUACCUGGUGUACCCCGACAUCUCCACCACUGGCUAUCUCAACAACCACCUAUCCCUGUCAGGGCAGCCCUACCCCAACUCCAACUGUCCCCCUCCUGGAGACCACAUGUACGGCUGGAGCGGUCGUGCUGAGGCCCCUGUGGAGCCUCGCUCUGCCUUCUCCAUGGCCAGGACAUCCCCGGUCCUGGGGGAGAAUGGUGGCGGGCACCAGGAGAAGGAGCCUCUGACCUUUGAUGUGGAGUACGUCAACAUUGGAGGGCACUUUAACAAGACGUCGGGCCGCUUCACCUGCCGCUACCCUGGUGCCUACUACUUUGCCUUCACUGUGGGGAAGCACCCGCGCAGGGCAGUGUCAGUCAAGCUGAUGACAGGCCAAGGCGAGGUGCAAGCCAUGGUGUUUGACGAGGAUACGUCCAGGAGGAGGGAGAUGCAGAGCCAGAGUUUGCUGCUGUCGCUCCAUACGGGGGACAACGUGUGGCUCUACAGCCAGCAGGACGAGCGCUACGCCGUCUACAGCAACCAGGGACGCUACACCACCUUCUCAGGCUUCCUGGUCUACCCAGACGUUGAGCCCACCACCACCACCAGCCAGGACCUGGACAGAACUCACUUCUGAGGGCUAGAAGUUCUUCAAAACACACUGGCUAGAAGUUCUUCAAAACACACAAAACACACCUCCUAGAAAAUGUGCAUGGUGCUAUGGUUACAAAAUCUAAUUUGUGAAAGUGUGAAUGUCAGUGCUAAGUUGCGCUAUGCUUCAUAGGCUUUGUUUAGAACCGCUGUAGUCAGCUUCUGGGUGUGGAUGGAACAACAACAGUUGCAACCUCUAAACAAUGGGGCAGAGAUGUAUAUAUAUUAUACACAUCUUAUACACAGAUACACAUUUGUUGGCCAUUUAUUGAUUUCAUAGUAUUAUAUCAUUCCACAAGAUGGGGCUGGGAGUUCAUUUUUUGGAUACAACGACAAGCUUAUGACAUUAUUACACAUAAUCAUGUAAUGUUUCUCUUUAUUACCAAAUUGUCUGUGGAUAAGUGGGUGAUUCUCUGUUUUGUUUUUGGCUGUGUUUAAACCAAAGUUAUGGGUUAUAUGUUGGUAUAUGAUGCUGGAUCAUUAGGAUUCUUUGGAUACCUCAUGUUUUUUUUCUCUCAUUCACCAAAAACUAUGGGUUACAAUAAGUAGAGCUUUCCUAGGUAAUCUUUAUAUAUACAGACUUGCUUAGGGACAUAAUUAUUUAUCCUUACUGAGUAGAUGUGUUUGCAAAGACUCAGAAAACCAUUUAAUCAUUUAACUUGUGUCGUGAUUGCAUUGAGUAGACUACUAUGUAAAUACUGCAUAGUUUGCCUGAAUGACUGUAUGGACUUAGAUAACCUGAAUGUGAUGUAGUUAUGAAUGUUUGAUCUAUUCUGAAUGCAUAGUGAAAGAAUAUUCAUUAAAGGAGAAGUUUACCCAAAAUCCAGAAACUCCUAUUCCAUACAUUGAAUUCCAUACAUUGAAACUAGUUCAGUGGAGUUUGCCCUCUCCCCCUCUCUCUCCCUGUAGGUCAACUGACUUGUGACAUUGAUGAAUGCAGGCCUCGCUAUGCUCUGUUGCCAGUUAAUUCAUGAUUCAGAAAUCUACGAAGUGUGGACAAAUUCAUUGUUUUAUUGAAGGCGUAUGGCCGAAUCAGCUAUUUGUUUUG